AAGCAAGAUAGGUUGCUGUGGGUGACGCGCGCUAGGCAGGCACACAGUUAGGAAUCAUCCCAAGAUCGAAUCACCGUAGGUAUUAUCACCUUCAGGCGAAGGAAGGAUUACGUUUUGUCGUGUCUGAGUCAUCAAUCUUGUCAUCAUGGCUGUCAGAAGGGGCCACAUCCGGUACCUCAAAGUGUGUGAAGUGCAAAGCUGUGGUGGUGCCGACAGAGACAUCAAACCUGAUUUCAAUCUACCACAGGAGCCGUAUGACAACGGCUAUGAGGAUCACAUGGGAGACGACGCCAAAGACGCCAAGACCAACCUGAUAGUGAACUACCUGCCACAGAACAUGAGUCAGGACGAGCUGCGCUCGCUCUUCAGCAGCAUUGGCGAGGUGGAGUCUGCCAAGCUCAUUAGAGACAAAGUGGCAGGUAAUCCUAAUCAGAGAAACCAGAGCCACAGUUUAGGGUACGGAUUUGUUAACUUUGUAAACCCUAGUGAUGCAGAAAGGGCCAUCAGUACACUCAAUGGCCUGAGACUUCAGUCUAAGACUAUCAAGGUGUCAUAUGCGCGUCCGAGCUCUGAGAGCAUUAAGGAUGCGAACCUGUACAUCAGCGGGCUGCCCAAGAACAUGACGCAGAAGGACGUGGAGGACAUGUUCCUGCGCUUCGGACGCAUCAUCAACUCACGAGUCCUCGUGGACCAAGCAACAGGUCUGUCUCGAGGCGUGGCGUUCAUCCGCUUCGAUAAGCGCAUGGAGGCGGAAGAAGCCAUCAAGCACUUAAACGGCAGCAAGCCGCCUGGCGCCCCUGAGCCAAUCACCGUCAAGUUCGCCGCCAACCCCAACCAGGCCAGGAACUCCCAGCUGAUCUCGCAACUCUACCACAACCAAUCGCGUCGCUUCGGUGGACCCGUGCACCACCAGGCUCAGAGGUUCAGGUUUUCUCCGAUGAGCGUGGACCACAUGGGGGGCGUGUCGAGCAUGAACGUGGCGGGCGGCAACUCGACGUCGGGCUGGUGCAUCUUCAUCUACAACCUGGGCCAGGACGCGGACGAGGGCAUCCUGUGGCAGAUGUUCGGACCCUUCGGCGCCGUCACCAACGUCAAGGUCAUCCGCGACUUCAACACCAACAAGUGCAAAGGCUUCGGGUUCGUUACCAUGACGAAUUACGAGGAGGCCGCCAUGGCCAUCGCCAGCCUCAACGGAUAUCGCCUAGGCGACAAAGUCUUGCAGGUGUCUUUCAAAACCAGCAAGAACCACAAAUAAGACUGUUUGUUUGUUUAUUUUGUUGUCGUUUUUUCUCUAUACAGCGUUUGGAGGGGAAAGGAGGCACAUUUGUAAAGCCUGAUUGAAGUGUUUUUUGUUUUACUUUUUUUCUUUUUUAACUGUACAAAUACACUUUCUACAUCUUAA